UCGUUGCACAUUGGUAACAUACAAGUACAGUAGCAAACACGUCAGGUAAGUCAAACAUGGUGAUAUCAUUUUCUUUAUAACAAUCAAACUUCUAAGAAAGAAUAAGGAAAAUAUAAGACUCGACAUUUCAUAAGAAGGGAAUAAGUGGCGAUAAAAAGCACUAAGAAAAUAUUAUCUUCGACAUUUGAUAAAAAGGAAACAAAGUGACACGGAGAAACAAAGAGCCGUGUAUUUAAGUAUUUUUUAUUAAAACGUCUGGUAAAUUGUUUUUCACUGUUAGGUGUCAGCGUAGUUUAAUAAAGCGCCCAUCAUUACGAGCGUCUAACGACCUUGCUCCACUUCUAGAUUCCUCGAAUCUUAUUGUUUUAUCUUCGCGUUCUGAGCAAUUGAGUGAAUUCAAUAUAUUAUAUGCGAUAGGUUCCGAUUGAAUGUUGACUUAGUGCGUGCAGCAUUCGGCGGGACACCUGCUAUAGAAGCUUUCCAUAGCGUCUACACAAUAACUCUUAUUCUUACUCCCCCACGCUUACAGGACUGCUGAGCCAAAGUCUUAUCAGGCUCUUUAUCAAUAUUUCUUGUAGCACUGGACGUGAUCUGAGAUCCCUUGGCCGACGAAACAACGAAAGACGACGAAACUAACGGUGUUUUACUCGUGGAUAUGCCAUACUGUGAAUUCGAGUAGACACUAAAAAGGGCGCUAUCUUUGCUGUUGUUUGAUACGCUACGAGAAGUUCAACGGCGGUGCGGAAGAAACGCACAACAGUGAGUAGAACAAAGAAAAAUACAUCCCAAUGAACAAGACGUCUCAUCCCGCUCUUGACUGCCAGGCUCCUACUACGUUCGAGUACGCAGCCCAGGCGGUCUACCUGAUCGUGGUUGCCAUAGUAACACUUCUCGGGAACAGUUGUAUGUGUGUCUCGAUCCUUUGGACAUCCUCCUUACAUCGCUUCACUAACUACCUUGUGGUAUCUCUAGCUAUCAGUGAUCUCAUGGUAGCCGUAUUCUCGCUACCUUUUCGUAUUGACCAAACGCUGCACAAUUCACACUGGUGUCUGACUCGGGAAGCCUGUAUUUUUUGGAUCUGGGUGGACCUGGUGUGCAGAUGCGCGGCGUUCGCAAACCUCGCCCUUAUUAGCCUGGAUCGCUUCAUCGCCACAGUGUUCCCGCAAAAGUACCAUCGGGUAGUCACCCGAAAGACUGGAUUUCUCUCACUCGCUUCUGUUUGGAUCAAUGCUAUUGUAAUCGCGUCUCUCGCACUGAUCAACUGGACCACUCCGGGACAAGAAAUAGUCGGUUAUAACAACUUUGGCUGCUUCAAAUUUGAUCCGUACUACUAUACCUUCUCAGCAAUUGUCGCGUUCUUCGUGCCUCUGAACAUCAUCGUCGCAACUUACAGUUGUGUCUUCAUCGUCGCCGUGCAGAACUGGAGAUCAACAAUCAAGGCGAUUCACCCGCUACCACCCGCCUUUGCGGACGGCAAUAUGGCGACCAAGCGGGUAGCCCUUGUGCGCGAGAUCAAAGCCGCGCAGACACUAGCUAUCGUGAUCUGCAGCUUUUUCGUGUGUUGGACGCCGUUCUUUGUGAUUCUGAUGGUGGUGUACUGGUGCGACAGUUGUCUCAGGCAGCUUAACAAGCCUAUUAACACUACUUUCAUUACUAUCAUGCCGCAUAUCACAAGCGCUCUCAACCCAGUUAUAUUCUUCUGUUUUAGCAGGAAGCUUAGAAGCGCAUUUUUCAACUUUAUCAUCGUAGUAACAAGAAGGUUGCGUCAAUAGCAUUAGAAGACGUCAAUGGUCUGCGGCCCCUUAGACAGGGUUCCGAACCCACAAAAUGAAUACAAUAGAAGUGAUAAGGUGCGGGAACCAUUGUUUUUUCUUACUCUCAGGAGAAGUCAAAAUCAGAGGGGACUGUUGCAAAAACUUGACAAAAGAUUCCAAGGCGUUGCAGCUGCCUGUGGCCGAACCCCCGAGCGCAAGUUUGAAGGGAUCCGUGAAAAGCAAGCUAUUGUUAUGUGUAUAGAUUUCUUUUCCUGCACAACCCUUUACGAUAUAUGUAGCUGGACAAGAGAUCAGAAAAUACAACUCAAGUCCUUUAAUAUUGAAAAUAAUGAAAUGACUAGAUACCAGAUUUCUUUUGACGGUGGUAUCACAAAUUGCAUAUCGUGAUUAUUGUUGCUUAUUGCAGUUCAUUGCGUCAGGCUCGCACCAGGACAUCGCGCAUCCGGUACAUCUGGGUCAUUCUUGUCGGCGCACGGCCUGGGAACGAUGUCGUCAUAAAGUACCUGAAACAGAGCGCCAAGGAAUACUAACACCUUCUGUAUACUCGUGGCCGUAAACAUUGCUUGUAGACAGUAUUAUAUUAGAGGGAAAUGAGUAUAGGGGGAGGGGGGCACCUCACCUUGACAUUUCCUGGCUGAUUGGACAAAUCAGUGAGGCUAGAACCCCGGGGGGGGGGG